AUGAUGGGCGAUAGCGAUAGUGACUCGUACGACCCUGCAGAGAUCAGCAGCACAAAGGCGGUGCAGAACGUGGUCGACCGCCCGCGCUUCUCAGCUACACUAGCUGCAAAAGGCAGUACCAGCAGUGUUCCUGCGCCCUCGCCGCCUCCAUCGGCCCCCCAUGUAGAAGCAGCGACAGGAAAAGAGCCCACAAUGACACCUUCUGGCACGGUUGAUUUGAAGACUUCUUUGACGUCCCUGGGCUACGUUCUUCACGGGGCAACGGGUCGGGUUCGUUCCAUCUGUCUGAAUCCUUCAGGCCACAUACUCUGCAGUGGUGCGGAGGGAGGCUCUGUUUGUAUGUGGGAUUUUACUGUUCCUAUAGAAGGCCGUGCGGUAAAGCCUACGCGUGUUCUCACGCCAUUUCCUAACCGCAUCUCAGGUUUUCAACCAGUUGUGUCUGUGCACUCGUCUAGUGAUGGGUCGUUCUUUGUUGCUUGUCAAGAUGGCGACUCACCUGCUUUGAUUGCUGCAAAUGGCAAGCAGCUGGGGUACUGCGCUAUGGGACAGCGUGGCAUGGUGGAUGUUCUCCAGUGCAAAGGCCAUAGAGCACCUGUAACCUGCUCCGCAGCGUCGCCAACGGUUCCUUCAUGCUUUUUUACUGGAUCACAGGACAGCACGGCCCGCAUGUGGGAUGCGGCGUCGUUUGACAGACAGUCUGUUUAUGCAGUCAAGCACGGUUCUGGGCAACUAUUAGAUAACGUUGUUGUGGAAGCUGUUGCGCCUAUUCUAGGCCUCACUAAUGACAAGAAAUCUGUGUUUUCUACUUCUGGGGAAGAUGGGAUGGUGCAGCUGUGGGACUCGCGUCAAAAGUAUCGACCCGGGGGGGCCCUUGGCGUACUGGACAUGUACGGCAGUAGGUCGUCGGGUGUUGCGUCAAAAUCCGAAAAUAAUGAGAUGCUUUUUGCAGAAAAACAUGUGGGUGGCAUGGUGGAGCCAGACACAUCCCGUCCCAUUCUGUGUGUGCGGUGUGGUUCUGAAGUGCGCAUGGUGGAUCUUCGAAAAAUGGGAAAGAACGGCGUUGUUGAGGACGUUUGCUCACCAAUUGGAGGUCUUCCGUGUGCCACAGACACAGCGCCGUUGGUGGCGUGCACAGGUGCCCUCUUCUCUCAAGAAAAACCGUCCUUUAUGACGUGUACUAACCGAGCAGGCUACCGGCAUGUUGCAGGGGGGCACGUGGUGCAGUUUACGUAUGUGGAUGGAAGCUAUGAGCCCACCAUGGUGUGGAGACCCGGGGCCCCGGAGGACGACGUCCUUUCUGUCGCCAUUGAUGUGAAGCAUGGACAACUCUUCGCGGGAAUGCAGACUGGCGACGUCGUUGGACGUGUCAAGAGGCUGGGUGUAGACAGCGCCAACAGCGGGCCAACGCUUCAGACGUGGUUCGCUACGCGACUAGAACGCGAGCGACGUGUGGUGGGGAAAAAGUCUACGCGAGAAAACACUGCUGGGCAUGACGAAGACGACGAAGUGGUGUUCUGGUGA